AGGCUCCCAUUGCGGGACGAACGCAGAGGAGAAGCAGAGGCAGAGGCAAAGCACGGCACAUCGCAUCGCAUCGCAUCGCAUCACGGCACAUAACGGCACAUCACGGCACAUCGCAUCGCACCACGGGACGGGACGGCAUGGAUCCGAGCGGGUGCCCGCCGGGAAGGAAGCGAGGGAAAGGAGGGAGACUGGUGCCGAGAGAGGGACGUGUUUGCCGCCCCCGGCGCCGCCGGUCCCUUCCAUCGACCCUCCUCUUCCCCGGGCUCCCGGUGGUCCUCGUCGUCGUCGUUCUCGGUCUCUGCCACGGAAGAGCAGCGACGGCAACGAGAGCAGCAGCAGUAACAGUAACAACGGCAACCACGGCCACGAGCCCGUGGGCCUAUCCCGACCUCGAUUCCGACCUCGAUUCCGGUGCUUAUUCUUCUGCUUCUGGUUUUGCUUCUGGUUUUGCUUCUUCCACCGGCCCUCCCCCCGCUCCCCCGCCCAACUGCACCGCGUCCGGGGAGCAAGGCCACGCAGACGCCGGGGACCAAAUCCACGACCGGCUGGAGUGCUUUCUCUGGAACCUGGAAAUCCCCGUUCCCGACCAGGCCUUCCAGAAGGACUGGAUCACCGUUGCGRUCCACGACGUGGUCUGCACCAACGUCCGGGUGUCGGGGCUGGACCUGGAACGCCUGCCGCCUUCCGGACCCACCCGUGCCCGUGCCCGUGCCCACGCGCGGGCACCACCGCAAACACCACCACGGACGCGGGACCAGACCGAUUGCCAGACCGAUUGCCGGGCACACAGCCGGGCACAACCACAACCACAACCACAACCACAACCACAACCACAACCACAUUCAACUUCACAACCACAACCAACCCACGGGCCCAUCCCCCCCGCACCCGCACCGGCAGAGAGGGUCUCCUUCCUGGGGGCCUCGGUGCGGGGGAUCUCGGUCACCUGCAAGGGGCGCUACCGUGCCACGGGGGGCCUGGAGGGAGACCUGCGGGCCACAAUACGGGAAAAGGGGCCCGGCGGAAGGUCCUCCCCCGCCCUGGAGGCCGUCUUUGCCCUGGAGGGCCGGAGKGAGACCYWCGGAAGAAGGCCCGCCCCCUGUCUCCCGGCCGGCUUUCGGACGGACUCCUGCCGCGCGGAGCUGGAGUGCUCGUCCGUCGACUUCUCCGGCUCCGCGAGCGCAAGGCUGGUACGGGCCUUUGCCGGGCCGAUCGCCCGCUUCGUCACKGGUGCGCUGGGGGAGAGGGCCUGCCCCCUCCUGGAGGCCUCGGUCGAUCCCGUUCUGGUGUCGGCCCUGCGCCGCUGGGACGACUGGGYCCGGCCCUACCUGGACGACGGCGRGWACSRCGGCGGGAACYKCGGUGGAGGCUUUGUCGCCGCGGAACCACGGGCCGCCAACRCRUCCUCCGCGUCCCACGGUGUCGCGGACUAUCCGGUGGUCCGGGGGGCGCUGGCCUCUGCCAACAAGCAGCUCUCGGAACACCUGCAAACCGGGUGGAUCCCCUGGACGAACGAUCGGGGAACCGAGCCCCCGAGCGGGUGCGCCGACGCCUUUCGGGGGAUCAGCGGAUGGAUCGGCUCUCUGCUGGGGCCCAGGCCGGAGUUUCGCCUCCCGCCGUUCUUCCGUCGCGUCGUCCUUCCCUUCGCCGGCGGGAAAGCCGUCCUGAACCUUUCCGAGAUGGCCCUGGAGGGGCUGGACCGGAUGGACGCCCUGGGCAUCCUGGAUCCGUCCCUUCCACAAGGGUUGGCCGCAGGCGACUCCUUCACCGGUGCCUUGCUCCACACAAGAUGCAAGACGACCCGGGGAUUUUUCGUGGUGCUGCCGGUGGAACUGGAGAUCCACCUUCCRCCACCAACCGGCCCCGAUCUCYCGGCCCCUCCCGUCYUGUUGGAAUCCUUCGUGCUGGCCGUCAACCUUACGCGCAUCGAGACGUCGCUCGCGAGCCUCGCAAGGGUCGUGGACUGGGAAUCGACGAGCCUCCUCUCKGUCGUCGUUGCCCUGGAGCGCUAUUCGGAGACGGGGGACCCCUCCGACCUGGCCUGCCUGGUGGGGACCCUGGACGCCGUAAAGGUCGUGGCCCGGCGCGGGGACGACAGCAACAGCCACAGCAACACCAACAGCAACACCAACACCAACCACACCGAGGCGUCCGAGCCGCUGUGGUGGAUCCGAAGCGUGGUACUCGACUCGGUCCGCCUGUCGCGCGGCCCCGAAUCGACGCCGCCUUCGCAUGCGCUGGGGGCCGGCCUGGACCGCGCCCUCAACACCGUGCUGGAGCUCCUGGUGGAGGACUACCAACCGCUGUGGACGCAGCUGGCACGGGGGCUGCUGCGCGGGCCCGCAGCGGACGCCCUGAACGCCCUGGUCCGGGACUGGAUCCAGCGCCACUCGCCCGGCCGCUCGGCCGGAACCGAGGAAUGCCUUCCGGGGGAACACGGCGGGGGUGGCCCGGUGGCGGGAACCGGCCGCUGGGCCGAUCUCACCCGGCUCGAGGCACUGUACGGGUUCAACCGGUGGCUGGAACGCCCGCACACCAGGMAAUUCCUGAACGGGUUCCUCUCGUGCCUCGCGGAGGCCGCCGAGGCCGGCUUCAACGGCGARCACGGGGAAAAGGCCCACCUCCAGGGGGUGGCUCGUGCUCGUGCUCGUUCUCGUUCUGCCGGUGUCGCGGUCGGUUUCCGGAGCGGUGUUCCCCGGCAACUGGCCAACGACCACGCUGCCGGCGGCGGUGCGUCCGAGGCGUUCGUCCUCGGGUUUCCAAAACUGGUGCUCAAGAACUGGGAUUCCCUCUUCAAGCUGCAGCUGCUGAAACCCUCGGCCGAGAACCGCUUGGAGUCCUCGCUCGUCUUUGGCCGGAUCCCCCCGGGGGAAACGGAUUUUUCGGCCGRGCCGAUCGAUGGGCCCGCCGAGCCGGCACCCAAGAGUCUCCCGGAGGCCACCCUUGUGUUCGACGCGUACGCGGGUGACGGGGACAACUCGCCUCUGGGCAAGCUCAACCUGACYCUGUUUGGAAGCCUGGAAACAAAUGCCGAGAUAAACCUAGACUACGACCUCGAUCGAUUGGRGAACCUGACGGUCUCUCGUGUGCUGGAAGAUAUCGGUUGCUCCCUCCUGCCGGCCGUGCAAGCCAGAAUCUUGCCGGGAACCACAAACCUCGGYGGGUACCUGGGAGCGAACCUGACGGUUGCUUUGGCAGACGGAAGAAACCUUUCGCUGUCGACGAACGAUUAUCCGGGGUUCGCGGAGAUUGGCAGCGAAACAUCUGCGUGGUUCCUAGARUUCUUUCGAACCGCGGCAAACCACGCGAUCGAGAGAUGGAUCGGGGUUUCGAUCCACGARUGCGCCGGGGGGUCUCCGGUGGACACCGGCAGCCGGGACGACAGCGGAAACAGAAAGACCUGGUGGAUUGGCCUGGGCCUGGUGGUUUCCGUGGCGCAGCUGGGCUUGCUGUUCUUCGUUGCUCGCACCCAKGGGGAAGACGGCCGCAGCCGYGGGGUGUUGCGCGAAGCAGAUGGCUCACACGACGAAGCUGCUGCAUCUCAUCACCUACCGCUGCUUUCGUCGUAUCAAGAACUCAUGACCGAUCCAAUAGAAGCAAAGGAGGAGCGAAACAACUCCAUCGAUGACUUUAUCAUAAGGGACAUUUGCGAGGAAUGGAACGAGGAAGAGAUCUCCCAGGGCAUUCUGGAAGACCAACUCGUCGACGAAGCCCGCAAUCCAGAGGAUCCAAAGACAUCGAUUUUCGACUCGGACCAAAUUCCCGAAGCCAUCAAAUCCUUGGUUCCGGCCGCGAUCAUCGGCACGGCGGUUCUCUUGGUCUCGAGCAACGCCUCUGCCGGGGCGUCCGUGGAUCUAUCCGUGCGGGUCGGGUUGCACGCGAUGGAUUUUYCGGGUCUGUUUCGAUUCGGUCUCGGCAGCACUCUGUCGGAAUUGUAUUUUGCGGGUGUUUAUCCGCUGCUGGGUUUGGUGCUUGGCUUUAGCGGAAUAUUGCCGUACGCCAGGGUGAGUUUUUUGCUGUCGUGACGAGCCUGAAUUGCUCCUCCAUUUGCAGAGUACGUGCACCUCAAAUUCUUUUCCUCCCCUUGACGAAGCUCUUUUUAAUGCUCAAUGCUUGGAUGACACCMAGUUUGGAUCAACACCGACGAGAAAAGAACCUACUGACCAUGGAUUCCAUUGGGCGAUUCUCUCUUGUUCACACRUAUGUGUUGAUCUUACUUCUCGUUGUAUUUCGGUUCCACUCUGAGUUCGGCGACGGUCUYGGCGUUGACGUCMACGUUUCCAUGRCAUACGGUUUCUUCUCUUUCCUUGUUGCUACAUGCCUCUCUUUGRUCUUGGGYCACGCAACACUUAUUUUYCA